AGUUUGGGACAUGUUUGACAAGCAGCACUACGAGAGUCCACCCGUCUAUAGUCCUCCUUUCAGCUCGCCAUCCAACAACGGCUUUGGUCCUCCAGGCAGCUUCCAUGCCCCUCAGAGCGAUUACAACGCAUAUCCACCUCCGCCGGGAUCUUACUACAUUGAGGACAAACCACAGCACUUCUACAAAUGGCUGUCACCUCCAGGGAUCAUCAAGGCCAUGAUGGCUACGGUGAUCGUGUUGUGUGUGGCGAUAUUUGCCUGCGUGGCCUCCACUCUCAUGUGGGACAUGCAGUAUGGAAUGGGAAUGGGAAUGGGCUAUGGUAGUGGAUACGGCAUGGGCAGCUACGGCUCAGGAUAUGGUGGUUACGGAGGUUAUGGAGGUUAUGGGGGAGGUUACGGCAGUGGGUACGGCUAUGGCUCCUACAUCUCACCUUACUCAGCCAAAACUACCAUGAUUGCCAUGGCAGCCAUUAACUUUAUUGGAGCACUGGCCUUCUUCAUCACCAGCUUCUCUAAAUCACACACUGUUCGCAGUCGGAAGUUCUUUCUGGCCCUCAUGAUAGCCAGCAUCAUCAUGGCUGUCCUGCAGGGCAUCAUUAGCAUUGUCUACAUUGUUGGGGUGAACCCCAUGGCCCAGGGCUCCUCCAGUAUGAUGUACAAUCCAAUGCUUAUGAUGUGCCAGAACCUCUACCAGACCAGCUACUCACAGAUGGGAGGAGUGGGAGGCUUCCCCUUGUACAACCAGUAUCUCUACCACUACUGCUUUGUUGAUCCACAGGAGGGAGUUGCCAUGGUGUGUGGAUUCCUGGUUGUCAUCGCAUUCAGUGUUGCAGCUUUCUUUGCACACAAAACAAGAGGAAAGAUCUGGCGCUACGGGAAACCAAACAUCUACUGGGAUGAACCUUUGGUUGGCGGAAAGGCCUCAGAGGGCAGAGAUGUGGAGGAAUGGGUGAACAAUGUGGAGGAAAGCCGCAGUGUUCAAGACGCCCCUACCCUGCUGGUGUCAGAGAAGGGAGCUGGGCUGCUCAACGCCUCAGCAAACAGUGUCAUCUCCUUCCCCCCAGCCAAGGUGGACAGCAGCUCCUAUAAUGAGGACACCUACGACAUAAACGAAUACUCAGAGAGGACCACCAGCAGACCAUCAGAAGCCCAUGGUGGAAGGACCAGCUCCAGCCCUUCGGAGGGGACCGGCGGGGGCCGCAAACCCUCUGCCAACAGGGGCAAGAGACGCAGACGUAACCCCGAGCUGGAUGAGUCUCAGUAUGAGACAGAGUACACCACAGGAGGAGAAACAGGCAAUGAACUUGAUGGAGAAGAGUGGGAGAGAGCUUACCCAGAUAUAACAUCUGAUGCUCAGCGUCAGGACUAUAAGAGAGAGUUUGAUGCCGACCUUAGGGAAUACAAGCGCCUGUGUGCUGAGAUGGAUGACAUUAACGACCAGUUGAACAAACUCAGCCGGCAGCUGGAUACACUGGAUGACACGUCCGCUAAAUAUCAGGUUGUAGCUGAAGAAUAUAAUCAGCUAAAGGAUCUGAAGCGGACUUCAGACUACCAGUCAAAGAAGAAAGAGUGUCGCAGGCUGAGACACAAACUGUUCCACAUCAAACACAUGGUGAAGGACUAUGACAAGAGCCACUGAUGAGCCCACUGAGUCCUGACGCCUCAGCUCUGGGGUCCACACAGAAAACACUCAAGGACACACGGGCCAAAAUACACUCCAAAAUACUACAAAGACUCUGUGACAUGCCAAGACCAAAGUUACCUUUACCGAACCAACACACACACACACACACACACACAGAGGGAACAUUAUAAUGAUAAAAAUGAUCUUGUGUUUUCCUUCAUUUUAUCAAUUGUGUAUAAUUUGGAAGAAAUGGAAGCAGGGUGCUCAGCUGUAGCCACUUCCACAGCAAACACUGCCUUUUCUCUCAAAAUUCUGCUCAUUGUUUGCAGUGUUCAGUCACUUGUGAGGAUCAGAGGGAGUGGUGUGGCACGAGAAAGUUUGUGCAAGAGUCAGCUGACCUUCAGUCACCUGUGAUAACAGUGUGCUCAGUUUCUGUGGCUCUGUUUGUUCUCCAACUUUUCUUUGUUUUAUCUCCACAGAUAAGAGGCGGAACACUAUUGUAGAGAAGGUAGUAAUGGGUGAGACGGGCUGCUGGAAUUGUUAAAUAUGCAGUUUCUUUAACCCUUGGCAUGGCGUUAUCUUUGUCACAAAUGAACUUUAGUUGUGCUUUUCUCAUCUCCUGCAUCAGUGUUCAGAACUAACCUCAGCGUCAGGUGAACUGCUCUCUGCCGGGAAUGUGUUUUCACUGGCUUUUUCUAUAAACUAAGACUUUCAUACUGAUUAUUGUAGAGGCCGUGAGACCAAAAAGGAGACAAACUGACCAGUGAGAUACAUGCGGUGUUGUUGUUUUGUAGAUAUUUUUUAAUGAAUCCUGUUCAUACUACAUACCAAGAACAAAAUUACAGUAUCUGUCUCUUAGAUUCAGCAGAUAUCCUAGCAUUUAUGAUGACAUUAUCUGUUAUUUGUACAUACUAAAGACUUGUGUUUUGUAAUCAUUCAAAAUGUGCUUAACCUAUGCAAAUGAGUAAAAACAAGACUAUUUUUAUAUUUUUUAUCAUGCAUGCUCCUCAACAAACUGGAAAACACUUUCUGUCACUGUGUAUAAGCUGCGCUCAUCUCUUCAUUUGAUUCUUUGCCAAUGAAAAGUGAUCAUCCGCUAAUGUUUGUAUUAAUCCACUUCAUGUGCAAGUGUUACGAUCUAGUGUACAUUAUAAAAUUGUUCAGACACCCUUUUGAUUUGUUAUGGGUUUGUAUUUUUAUGAAGAACAUUGUUGUUAUUUUACAAACCGUUUGCGAGCCAUUUAUUUUUGUAAGAAUUUAUUUUCUUUGAUGCUAUUCUAAGACCAUUUUUUGUAACAGGUUACCUCCAUAAGGUAUGAUGUCUAAAAAGUAUUGAGUUGAAA